GGCAAAACAAAUGUAGGGUUUCUUUUAGAUCCCCCCUAGUGGUUUGAGUGUAAGUGAGGGUUUGGAUGCUGCGUGAGGCCGCCAGUAUCUGCAUCUCUCGCAUCAGCGCCACGCACACACACACACACACACACACACACACACAGCAUCUCCAUCUCGACUCUCCACCUGCCCUCAUCAACAAGCCGAAUUUAAACUGUCUUUGAGGCCGUUUAAAGCGUGAAAGUUGACCGCGUUCGGCUGGUGAAAAGUGAAAUAAUCCUUAAAAGAUGGUUAAACUGGGGAGUAAUCUACAAGACAAAGGAGCAAAAGCUGUUAGCGUGGAGGAUGGCUUUCAGAACGUCCCGCUCAUCACGCCCUUGGAUGUUACUAAUCUUCAGUACCAAGCCCCAGACAAGGUGGUGGUGAAGACACGAACUGAGUAUCAGACAGAACAGAAGAACAAGGCCAAGAUGAAGGUUCCAAAUGUGGAGGAGUUCACCAUCAGUGUGACUGAUGGAGUGUCUGAAAGGCUGAAGGUGAGCAUCCUCAUCGUACUGGCCUUGGCCUUUCUGGCCUGUAUAGUGUUUCUGGUGGUGUACAAAGCCUUUACCUAUGACCACACCUGCCCUGAUGGCUUCGUGUAUAAGCACAAGCGCUGCAUCCCUGCCUCAUUGGAGGCCUACUACACCGCCCAGGACGCCAACAGCCGCGGCCGCUUUUACACCGUCAUCAGCCACUACAGCAUGGCCAAGCAGACCACCUCCCGCUCCAUUUCUCCAUGGCUUCCCGCUGGAAGUGCCCAGCAUGAUGUCAAGCCUCCCAACACAGACAGCCAAUGAGAUUCCCCACACUGCUUUUUAAAGAGUAGUUAUUAUGUUCACCUGCAUCAUGCAAUUCCCUAAUUCCCCAAUAUUUCCACCGGCUCAUUUGUUUCUUUUAUGUCCUGUGUUUAAUUUUUUAGCUGCGUAGUUUCAAUCUUAUAUUCAUUUAUUUAUUUUUAUUUA